GAGGGAGCAGAAGUAAUGUUUAAUACAGCUGUGUUUAUAACCUGAAUAAAACUAAGUGUUUACAGCAGCUAAAAGAUGGUACAUUCCUGAUGAAUUGGAUCAAGGUGGAUAUGAUGGAUCAGUACUGUCUGCGGUAUAUUUGCACAGUUUUGAGGAAUCUCAGUACAAACGCUGAAAGGUCCUAGGAACGCAACAUGCAGAAAAUGAAGUCCUUGUUUGUGAACGUGGCCUGGAAUUUUUCCAUCUGUCUGCAAAGUGAGGUUUUGGCAGAACAAAAAUGAUGUGUGGCUGAUAAAAAAAUAGUGUCUCUCCGCUAUGCCCAGACGAGGGUUGCCACUGCAGGUCCGGGUGCGCUGGCUCCUCCUGGGUAUAUUCUUCGUACUUGUCUUUCUGUUCUUUGCCUACUUGCUGGAAUGCACUCCGCCUGCAGAUGUGAGUCAUGUGUUGCCUGGUCUUGGAGCAGAACCUUACGGUAAGGAAUAUUACCAGGCCCUGCUGCAAGAACAGGAGGAGCGGCACCUCAGCAGAGCAGCCAGCCUCAAGAGGCAGAUUGCCCAGCUCAAGCAGGAGCUGCAGGAAAUGAAUGACAAGCUGAAAAGCCUGCAGGAGAAAAAAGAGGGACCUGGGCCACAAAUUGGCCUGGUUGAUGGCAAAGACCAAGAACCCAGUGACCUGCUAGAAUUCUUACAUUCACAGAUCGAUAAGGCAGAGGUGAAUACAGGAGCCAGGCUCCCCAGUGAGUAUGCUUUAGUGCCUUUCGAAAGCUUUACAACCUCUAAGGUCUAUCAGCUGGAGAUGGGCCUGACUCGACAUCCUGAGGAAAAGCCUGUACGUAAGGACAGGCGAGAUGAACUCGUGGAAGUAAUUGAGGCAGGUCUGGAUGUUCUAAACAACCCAGAUGAAGAGGAUGGCCAGGAGGAGGAUAUUCCAAUGCAGAGGCAGACUUUUACAGAGAGCCAUUUUCUCGAGGGGCUUUACAGGACUGAGCGGGACAAAGGUACACUGUACGAGCUCUACUUUGCAAAAGAGAACUCCCAUGAAUUCCGUCACGUAACCCUCUUCCGUCCAUUUGGUCCGCUGAUGAAAGUGAGGAGCACAUCUGUGGACACAGCCAGCACAAUCAUUAACAUUAUAGUGCCUCUGUCCGGCAGAACGGAAGCUUUUGUACAAUUUCUACACAAUUUCAGGGAGGUUUGUUUACGUCAGGACAAACGAGUGCACCUUACAGUGGUCUACUUCGGGCAAGAGGGCUUGCAGGAGGUGAAGUCAUCAUUACAAAAACUGUCAAGUGAGGAGAGUUUCAACAACUACACUCUUGUUCCUGUGGACGAGGACUUUUCCCGUGGCAGAGGGCUGGACAUUGGUGCUCACGCAUGGACGAAAGGGACAGAUGUGUUGAUGUUCUUCUGCGACGUAGAUAUUUAUUUCACACUUGAAUUCCUCAGUACCUGCCGCCUCAACACAUCACCAGGCAAACGAGUGUUUUACCCAGUAGUAUUCAGUCUUUAUAAUCCUGCUAUUGUAUAUGGAAACCUUGAAUUGGCUCCGCCCAUUGAACAUCAGCUGAUACAUAAAAAAGAUGCUGGAUUCUGGAGGGACUUUGGAUUUGGGAUGACGUGUCAGUAUCGCUCUGACUUCCUCAACAUUGGAGGAUUUGAUCUAGAAGUGAAGGGUUGGGGAGUAGAGGAUGUCCACUUAUAUAGGAAGUAUCUGCGGAGCGAGCUGAUAGUGAUACGCACUCCUGUGUCGGGUCUUUUCCACCUGUGGCAUGAGAAGCUGUGCGCAGAUGAGUUGACUCCAGAACAGUACCGCAUGUGCAUCCAGUCCAAAGCUAUGAACGAGGCAUCUCACUCACAUCUGGGCAUGUUGGUGUUUCGAGAAGAGAUCGAAAACCACCUCCGCAAGCAGGCCUACAAGAGCCAGAGCAGGGCAGAGGAUUGAACUGGUCACACUAAAUCUGCUUAGAGUAAGCACAGUGUUCUUGUUCGGCCACAAGUUGGAUAAGCACACAGCAUAACCUGAAGUAGUAAAGAGGUCCAACUGAAAAUAUAUGGGUUACAAAAUAGAACUAAUUGAUAAAUUAGCUCUGCAAAUCCUGCUCUGAAAUGCUUAGAGACCCGUCCAUGUACUUUUACAUGAACAAAAAACACUUUAUUGGUGCUUUCUGUUUCAAGCACAUAACAGUCUUGCUUCUUCUUGUACAUUAUUUUAUUUUUCAUUAUUUUACAAAGCCAUGUUAUAUUUUUGUAUAGUUUUUUCUAUGAAAACAAUAUGCGCUGUGCUUAUCUUGUGAUUGGACAAGAGCUUCUAUGAUACAGAAGUGUGUUUUUGUUUGUUUAUUUGGAUUUAAUGUCAUGUUUUAUACUUUUGCUUCCAUUCAUGACAGGACAGGAAGUUACAGGUUACACAUGAUUCUUCAGUUCAUGUUCAAUGUCAUACACUGGCACAUGAUACAGAUGAAAAGUGGCACACAGCCUCAGUAUCCCAGUUACACUCUGUGUAACACUCAUCUCCCAAUUUAGUCAUUUCCAAUUCCUCUUUGUGAAUCCAGUUCCACUUGCAGAACCUCUGAUCAGAUCAAAAAGAGCCGAAUCACCACGAAGUGUCUAAUCAGUUAGUUUGUUGCACCACCUGAGCGACAUUUUCUCCUCAUAUGCCCAUGUAGAUUAUCUCCGAGAGCUCCAACCCAAUAACCUCAGUCUGUAACUUUGGCUAAUCUAAAUUCUCCAUAGGUGUGAGGGGAGUAUAAAUGUGUGCCGGUGUUUCUGGGACAUGCUCUGUACACACUGUGAUCUGAACCAGUAUAAAGCUGCUUUUGAAAAUGAAAGAAUAUAGCAGAAGUGAACUAGAAACUGUUUACUGUAUUAAAUUCAGCAUGACCAGUAAGUGCUUGGACCAGCCUUUGCUUUGUGUGUCAUUUCGUUUCAUUCCGUUUAACCGAGUCGUCCUGGAUUUUGCAUUGUUUAAUAACAUUUAUUAAUUUAAAAGAAGGGCAUUAUAAAUUCAUGAAUUCUGACACCUAACAAGUCUGAUCGCUGUAAUGUCUGAAACAGCAUGUGUCCAUGUGGAAUGAACUACUCUACUUUUUUUAAUAAACAGGGGAAUGCAGUCUCUUUGUCUUA